AUGUCAGCAACACGGGACCUCAACUCUGGUGCGAUACAGUAUCAUGAGCUUGAAGGUAGCACGCCACCGAUCAUGACCGCACUACAACAUGAGGUGGCAGCAGAGCUAGAAGCAACGACGACUGGAAGAGGUAUUGAUCAACACGACUCAGCUUUUUACUGUGACCGAACCCUCAUGGCUGACACGACAACAACAGAUGACGGCCGUAUUGAUAUUGACCUCAGCUCGCGUAUAGUUCGACGCCUAUCACGACUAGCUCCUACAGAGAAACCGAAAGUAUCAGCAGAACAAAGCUCAAUCAUUCCACCUCCGCCAGAAUACUCGGAAAUAGGCCAAUCCAGCAUCGCUCUCAAUAUUGUCAUCCAGGUUGUCGGUAGCCGAGGCGACGUCCAACCGUUUGUCGCUCUUGGAACAGAAUUGCAGCGCCAUGGUCACCGGGUUCGACUUGCAACCCACGGUCACUUUGACAAAUUUGUCCGUGACGCAGGUCUCGAAUUCUACUCUAUCGGCGGUGACCCUGCCGAGUUGAUGGCGUACAUGGUCAAGAACCCAGGUCUACUUCCUAGCAUGAAGACUCUGCGAGGAGGUGAGAUUCAGAAAAAGCGAAAAAUGGUGAAUGAGAUGCUUUACAAGUGCUGGGAUUCUUGCAUUUGCCUAGACGAAUUGACCGGACAGCCAUUCGUUGCGGAUGCAAUCAUCGCUAAUCCGCCGAGUUUCGCACAUAUCCAUUGUGCGCAAGCCCUGGCUAUUCCCGUACACCUUAUUUUCACUAUGCCGUGGACUAGUACACGAGAGUUUUGUCAUCCUCUUGCAAACCUCAAGGCCAACGGCAGUGAGCUGUCGGCUAGCGCUGCGAAUUACGUGUCUUAUACCUUGGUGGAAUGGAUGACAUGGCAAGGGCUUGGUGAUGUAAUUAAUGCAUGGCGACAUACAUUGGAUCUUGAGCCGAUUGCAUUCAGCGAAGGACCAUGUCUAGCUGAGACACUCGGAGUACCUGUUACAUAUUGUUGGUCGCCAGCAUUAGUUCCCAAGCCAGCGGAUUGGGCUGACAAUAUUGAUGUUUGCGGUUUCUUCUUCCGUGACAUGCCAUCUUACAAACCCGAUGUUGACCUUGAGAAGUUCCUUUCUAGUGGACCACCCCCGGUGUAUAUUGGUUUCGGCAGUAUUGUGAUCGACAACCCCGAACGACUAACAGCAACAAUUCGUGAGGCUAUACGUGCAACGGGCACUCGGGCUAUCGUGUCGCGAGGGUGGAGCAAACUAGGAGGACACUCUCCUAACGAUGACAACAUUUUCUUUCUUGGCGACUGUCCGCACGAGUGGUUGUUCCAGCAAGUCACAGCAGUUGUCCAUCACGGUGGUGCAGGAACGACAGCUUGUGGGCUGCUUAAUGCCAAACCGACUGCUAUUGUCCCAUUCUUCGGAGAUCAACCCUUUUGGGGAAACAUGGUCAAUGCUGGUCGUGCUGGUCCAGCGCCAAUUCCUUUCAAGAGUCUUGACAAAGACAACCUCGCGGAUGCCAUACGCUACUGUCUGACUCCAGAAGCAUCUGCUUCGGCUCGUAAAAUCGCUGACAAGAUGUCGAACGAGGCGGGUGUCAGAAGCGCUGUUGCUUCUUUUCACGCCAACUUGCCUCUAAACAAUAUGCGCUGCGAUAUGUUACCGAACCAAGCAGCAUCAUGGAAGUUCAAGCAGAAUGGGAAAACUCUCAAAUUGUCGAAGAUCGCUGCUGAGAUUCUCGUGAAUAACAAUAAAAUCUCAUGGAAGAAUCUCAAACUUCACCAGUCUCAUCCUAUCCAUAUCGAGAAUCGACGCUGGGACCCUUUGACUGCGACUCUCGCAUCCCUUACCACGACUAGUAUAGGAUUGGUCACCUCGGCCUCAGACAUUGUCAUCAAACCGAUUCAGGCAUUCCGUCCUGUUAGCCCAGAAAGGGCGACGAGGUCCUCGAAUAGUCCCGACUCAUCGGAGCACGACCGAAGCAGUCAAUCCUUCACAGAUAGCACUAAUGACGCAAAUGUCUUUGGAAGACCAGCGGGCUUGACUAUUCCUCAUCGGCUGAACAAGAGUCGCAGCACCAGUGACCUACAUCAGCAACACGGCACUGUCGCUGCCCUGAAGGGCUCUGCUUCUGGCGUCGGUGGCUUCUUCAAGCACUACUCAAAGGGCAUGCUACUGGAUCUCCCUUACGCCGUUUCCGAAGGCAUGCGGAACGCUCCGAAACUCUAUGGUGGUCAAGCUUAUGACCCUGGUGCGGUAACCGAUUGGAAGUCUGGCAGUAUUGCCGCUGGUAAGAACUUUGCGCACGGCAUUGUUGAGGGUAUCGGAGGUGUAGUCAUGGAGCCUAUCAGAGGGGGCAAGAAGAACGGUGCCGCUGGAGCAGCAAAGGGGUUUGGCAUCGGGUUGUUGAAUAUGACUACCAAAGUGACUUCUGGUGCGGUGGGACUUGUUACUAUGCCGGGUCAAGGUAUUUACCAGAGUGCAAGGGCUCUUGUCAAGACAGAUACGGGCAAGAGUAUAGUGGAAGCUAGAAGGAUGGAAGGAGUUGAGAUUGUUCAAAAGCCUGAUGAGGCCAAGCGGCAAUGGUAUGAACAGACGGUCAUGGCGGAGUAUGAAAUAGUACGAGAUGGAUGA